AUGAAGAUCCUGGACUACAUGAAGAAAGGACUCACAAACGUUAUUAACAACAAUAUGAUUAAGAAUGAUAUACGGCAGAAAGCCACUGAACUAUUCAAAGACUUUAAGUCCUUUAUGCUUCCAGACAUGGAAAUCCUCAAGAAAAACUACAAAUUACUUCCAAUUGAUCGAGGAUUCUGUUCAGAUACAGAAGAAGUUGAAAAUGAGAAGAUUAUUGUGCUGGCUGAAAUACAACGCAUUAAGGUUACUCAAACUCGGAAUCACGUAGAAUCAACAAUGAAAAUUCAUCAACAAAUUACUGAUGACAUCGUAGCAUUUCGUCAGAACCAGAAUAACGACUCAUCUCAAACUGGAUAUCACACACCCGAACCAUAUAUUACAUCGGAAGAGGAAGAAGAAAACUCAUCCUAUUAUAAGUCGCCAAGGCGCGUUCGUAAGCGACCAGAACUAAACCCUUUCAUAGCUGAUUCAGGGGAAAUUAAUAACGGCUGUGAUUUACAAGAUAGUGAUGAUGAAUAUAAUGCUGAUCAGACAAUCGUUGGCGGAAAAGGCGUCGAGUGGAUUGUAAACGCAACUUUAGACGAAAAUAUUGUAGAACAGAUGCUUAAUGAUAUAAGAAGGAACGAAGAUACAACAGAAAAUAAUGCAGGACAUGAUUUUAAGCUAUUUUUGAAUACUAUUAUUGAUCGCGAUAUCAAGAAAACAAAGGAAACCCUCGAAAAGAAAAUAGACGUCUCUUCAUUUGAGACAAAGUUUGCGUUGAAUUUUGUAAGGUUAAUGGUAAAUUUAAUGAAAAAUGUGAAUUUGCUUCUUGAUGAAAUGUCUGAGGAAACAUACAUAGUUAAUGUACUAGAUAAUGAACGCCGAUCCACCGGGAGAAAAAUAGAUGCUAUUAUAACACUGAGAGAAGAGGAUGAGGAAUUUUCCAUAAUCGAAGUUAGCGGUCCACCAGCGAAGAAGGACUGGUCGCAUUUUAAGGAUGAUAGGAUGAAGCUUACAAAAAUGCUAAAAACCUUAAUAAAUCGAUUGGCGGAAUUAAGACCAAAUUCUUAUAUCACAUCAGUUAGGUUGUAUGGGUUACAGUCAUAUUUGAACGAAUUUAUAGUUUAUGAAUUUCAGCUAAAAUAUGCUGAGAUUUAUACGAUGAAGCCAGUGCUAAAAUUUCGUUUACCAAAAACGUGGAAAGACAUGGUGAAAGCUCAUGAAAUUGUGAUGAGCUUGUUGAAAUACGAGUCUCUGUUAUCCGAAAGCGCAAGCACUAUACGAGACUUUUUGUGGGCCGAAG